AACUCUCAGUCUUCUCGAUGUAGCGUAUCGCAUAAGGCUUUUUUGUUUUUUCCAGCAAGCCCCUCUCGCCAUAGUAUCUCCGAGUGGAGGAUGCAGAGCAUUGCUAGAGAUUCAGAUGACAGCUCAGAUGAUGAAUUCUUUGAUGCACAUGAGGACUUGUCUGACAAUGAAGAAAUGUUCCCGAAAGAAAUAACCAAAUGGAGUUCCAAUGAUCUGAUGGAUAAAAUUGAAACCCCCGAGUGUGAUGAUGUCCAGGGUGACUUGUAUCACGAGACAUCUGCAGAGUACCACGUUGGCUCCAGUGUGGAGAGGCUCAGCAUCAUUGAAGAUGAAUCAGUGCAGCCAUUAAUGCAGCCAAGUAAAAUCCAUGUCCUCCUCUUGGUACUCCAUGGAGGGAACAUCCUGGACUCAGGAAGUGGUGACCAGAGCUCUAAGCAAGGGGAUGUCAACACCAUCACGACAGUAUUUGACACAGUGAUGAGGGUACAUUACCCAGCUGCUCUUGGCCACAUUGCCAUCAGGCUAGUCCCUUGCCCAGCCAUCUGCUCUGAAGCAUUUUCACUGGUGUCCAGCCUCAGCCCAUAUAGUUAUGACGAAGGCUGCCUGUCCAACAGCCAGGAUCACAUUCCCCUUGCUGCACUCCCUCUGCUAGCAACAUCAUCCCCGCAGUACCAAGAAGCGGUAGCUGCAGUCAUCGUCAGAGCCAACCAGGCCUACAGCGAGUUCAUCAGAUCCCAGGAGGGCAUGUCAUUCAACGGCCAGGUCUGCUUGGUAGGGGACUGUGUUGGAGGAAUCCUGGGAUUUGAUGCCUUAUGCUACAGCAAUCAGACUGUAUCUGAGAGCCAGAACAGCAGUCGGCGAGGAAGCGUUGUGAGUGUCCAGGAUACCGACCUGCUGUCUCCUGGAAUAACGGUGAACAACAGCUAUUGUUCCAGCGGCUCUAAUCUGGAAGCCAGCAGACACCUCAGCAGGAGCAACAUUGAUAUUCCCCGUAGCAACGGAGAAGAUCCAAAGAAGCAGCUGCCACGAAAAAGGAGUGAUUCAUCAACCUAUGAACUGGACACGAUAAAGCAGCAUCAAGCCUUUCUUUCAAGUUUACAUUCCAGUGUUCUGAGAAAUGACCCAGGAUCCAGGCGAUCUAGUAGCUCUACUAUGUUGGAUGGAGGAAAUAUUGGAAAGUUUGAAUUUGAGAUCACUGACUUCUUCCUCUUCGGUUCACCCUUGGGUCUGGUCCUUGCACUGCGAAAAACUGUCAUUCCAGCUCUUGACAUCUUUCAGCUCAGACCAGCUUGUCAGCAGGUCUAUAACCUGUUCCACCCUGCAGACCCAUCUGCUUCACGCCUCGAGCCUCUUUUGGAGAGGAAGUUCUACCUUUUGCCCCCCUUUAAUAUUCCCCGUUACCAGAGGUUCCCGCUGGGUGAUGGCAAUUCUGCUGUUCUGGUUGAGACAAUCCAGAACAAUCCCAUCCUCCUCAUGGAAAGUAGCCCUCUGGGUGCUCUCCAGCACCAGGACAGCUUCAUGGAAACAAGUAUCCCCGUUCCCGUACUGAAUUGGCAAGAUGUUUCCAAUAAAAGUGCUGGUUUUGCUGAGUCAGAUGUUGUUCAGUCUCAUGGUGCCGUCUUCAUGGAAAGCGCGUCCCUGUCCACCCCCAUUUCAGCCCCUCAGUUCAGGGGCUUCCGGAGAGCCAGUGAGAUCAGCAUUGCCAGCCAGGUCUCAGGAAUGGCAGACAGUUACACUGCUUCCAACAUAGCCAACAUUGCUGCCAAAUGGUGGGGAACCAAAAGGAUCGACUACGCGCUCUACUGUCCUGACGCUCUGACGGCUUUCCCGACGGUCGCUUUGCCGCACCUCUUCCAUGCGAGCUACUGGGAGUCCACAGACGUUAUGGCUGAUGUCUUGACUGGAUCUGUCCUUCCGCAGGUGAUGAGGCACGAGAACUCGAGCGUUUUGGAGCUGGAUGGGAAGGAGGUGUCUGUCUUCACCCCCUCCAAGCCCCGUGAGAAGUGGCUCCGGAAGAGGACGCACGUGAAGCUCCGGAACGUCACAGCCAACCACAGGAUAAACGACACCAUUGCUAACGAAGAUGGGCCCCAGACCUUAACUGGAAGAUUUAUGUACGGUCCGUUAGAUAUGGUCACACUCACAGGAGAAAAGGUGGACAUUCACAUCAUGACCCAGCCGCCGUCAGGAGAGUGGGUUUACUUUGACACAGAGAUCAGCAACAGCAGUGGCAGGAUUUCGUACGUCAUCCCUGAGAACCGGCGCCUGGGCAUUGGCGUGUACCCCGUCAAGAUGGUGGUCAGGGGCGACCACACGUACGCAGACAGCUACAUCACGGUCCUGCCGAAGGGGACGGAGUUUGUGGUGUUCAGCAUCGAUGGCUCCUUUGCAGCCAGCGUAUCCAUCAUGGGCAGCGACCCCAAAGUCCGCGCCGGAGCGGUCGACGUUGUAAGGCACUGGCAAGACCUCGGCUACCUCAUUAUCUAUGUCACGGGCCGCCCUGACAUGCAGAAGCAGAGGGUGGUAGCGUGGUUAGCACAGCACAACUUCCCCCACGGGAUCGUCUCCUUCUGCGACGGGCUCGUUCACGACCCGCUGCGGCACAAGGCCAACUUCCUGAAAUCCCUCAUCACCGACCUCCACAUGAGGAUCCAUGCGGCGUAUGGAUCUACGAAGGACAUCUCUGUGUACAGCUCCAUCAGCCUCCCGCCCACGCACAUCUACAUCGUUGGCCGACCCACCAAGAAGCUGCAGAGCCAGUGUCAGUUCAUCACGGAGGGGUACGCAGCCCACCUGGCCCAGCUGGAGUACAACCACCGCUCGCGCCCCGCCAAGAACACCACGCGCAUGGCGCUGCGGAAAGGCAGCUUCGGGCUGCCCAGCCAGACCGAGUUCCUGCGCAAGAGGAAUCACCUGCUGCGGACCAUCUCCUCCCAGCCUUCGGCCUCCAGCGGCGGCGCCGGCCACCGCCCCGAGCGCACCCAGAGCCAGUCUGAUGGCGACAAGGAGAGGGACAGAGAGCGCAGCCAAAGAAGCAUGAGCAUCGCCACGGGGUGCUGGGGCCGGAGCACGGCAUCCCGGCUGGAGUCUGGCCUCUUGGGGCAGAAGUAG